CGGGCGGGCGAGGGAGCGAGAGAGCGAGCGGCGUCUCCACCAGCGUCUGCCGCGGCCGCGCUCGCCCGGAGCCCGGACGGACCGACGGGCCGACCGCCUGGCGCACGGACGCGGGCGCUCGCUUCGUGCUCGGGGCCGGCUCCGGCAAGGCUCGGGCUCGCAGUGCGCGGCUUCCCGCCCGCUCGCGGCCACCCGGCUCCGGCGGCCUCGGCGCGCGAGGGGCUGGAGGCUCGGGAGCCGCUCUCCACCGGUCGGUCCCCGCGCGGCGUCCCCGCGCCCCCGCGUCCCCGCGCCGCUCUGGGCUGCUCCGAGCCCCGGUGCUUCGGGGCUCCGAACUCGGGCUGCCGGGGCAAGUGCCUUCAUGAACCCAGAGGAUGUCCGGGAAGCACUACAAGGGUCCUGAAGUCAGUUGUUGCAUCAAAUACUUCAUCUUCGGCUUCAAUGUCAUAUUUUGGUUUUUGGGAAUAACAUUUCUUGGAAUUGGACUGUGGGCAUGGAAUGAAAAAGGAGUUCUGUCCAACAUUUCUUCCAUCACCGAUCUCGGCGGCUUCGACCCAGUGUGGCUCUUCCUCGUGGUGGGAGGAGUGAUGUUCAUUCUGGGAUUUGCAGGGUGCAUCGGAGCACUCCGGGAAAACACUUUCCUCCUCAAGUUUUUUUCUGUGUUCCUGGGGAUUAUUUUCUUCCUGGAGCUCACUGCUGGAGUUCUGGCGUUUGUUUUCAAAGACUGGAUCAAAGACCAGCUGUAUUUCUUUAUAAACAACAACAUCAGAGCAUACAGGGAUGACAUUGAUUUGCAAAACCUCAUAGACUUCACCCAGGAAUAUUGGCAGUGCUGUGGGGCUUUUGGAGCUGAUGAUUGGAACCUAAAUAUUUACUUCAAUUGCACAGAUUCCAAUGCCAGCCGAGAGCGGUGCGGCGUGCCCUUCUCCUGCUGCACUAAAGACCCCGCGGAAGAUGUCAUCAACACACAGUGUGGCUACGAUGCCAGGCAGAAACCAGAAGUUGACCAGCAGAUUGUGAUCUACACGAAAGGCUGCGUGCCCCAGUUUGAGAAGUGGCUGCAGGACAAUUUGACCAUCGUGGCUGGUAUUUUCAUAGGCAUUGCGUUGCUGCAGAUUUUUGGGAUAUGCCUGGCCCAGAAUUUGGUCAGUGACAUUGAAGCUGUCAGGGCUAGCUGGUAGAGGCUCUGUCACAGCUGCUGCAAGACACUGGACACACCCAGCCUUCGUGACCCUCCCGGGUGCCCAGCUGACAGCUGAGCUGCACAGACCCCAUCACCGAGGCGUCCUGCGAUCUCACCUAACGGAGCCACCAAGAACUUGGUUUUUGGGGGGGUAAAACUGGGAAAUGCUGCUCACGGACAGAAUUUUUUAAAAAAAUAACCCAUAUGAAAGUCAUUGCGCCAUGAAUCUCUACUGUAGCCAGGAAUUCACGGAUGGUUGGAUGCUUACCAAAAACGAAACAGAGGGAGGGCGAGGGACUCAGAUGUACUUGAAUUUGUGGGAAAUACAGUCCUGUCCUCUACUGCAGUAAGUGAAUGGCCGGAAGAGGCAGUCUCGCUCCUGGUCACACCUCGGAGGGACUGUCUCUGGUCCACGGCUGGAAGAAGUGCGUCUCUCCUAAGACUUGGCCCCUCACCCCGGGGGCAGUGGUGUGCUGGCUUCCCUCCGUGGACGUUUCAAGAAACUCUUGCCACUGUCAUUUGAAGAGGAAAACAGCUUGUCUUUGGGUUUGGAUUUUGUGAUUGUAUUUAACAGGCGACUCGGGUGGGCAACUUGGUCUGUCCUGGAGCUUCCCUUGGGAGGGAAGUUGUGUGUUCCACGUGCACUGAGCAGGGGCAUCGGAAGACUUCGUGAUGCCGUAUUCUAGCAGGACUGAUCUUUUUUCUAAGUAGGCCUGAGCUUUAUUUAUCAAUGGAAUCCAAGGAGAAAAUGAGGUUAAUGAAGAGGUCUUAGUUAAAUACUCCCUUAUCCCCACGCCACCAAAUCUGCUGUUGGAUUUUUGGAAACUCUGGAAUAUUUUGUUUUGCUUGUUUUUUUUUUUUCCCCUUCCAAAGGCAAAAACUAUGAUACAGUUCCUCUUAAAUUUUAAAGCAUUUUCUUACUCAGCUCGAAUAUUAAUUUUUGGUGUAACUGUAACCUGCAUGACCUGUGAAUCUCAAUCCAUCGUCUCCCCUCCCUGCCAUCUUUCCAGCAAACGUUCAGACGUGUUACAUGGUCAGCAUUUGUUUCCUAGGUUCGUGGUGGGUUGUGGCGUGUCCUCCCUGCCUGGCUGGGGAGAGACCAGCUGUGCCGUGGCAAGUGGUGCCACCGACUCAAGUCUCUUCCAGUGUCCGUCCUAGUGGCCUCUUUUGCACCUGCCCCCUUCGUUGUCUUGGAAUGGGAUUAAACCUGAUUCCAGACAACCCUGACACGAUCACAGAGCUUCUAAUGGAUUUUUCUUCUUCUUCUCCUUCCAGUUUUAGUUUGCUUUUGUUAAAAGAGAAAACCGUGCAUGGCCAGUGCUCCUGUUCUCUUACUGCAGACCAACCAUCAGGAUGGCAUCAAAGCACAAAUACUUUUCGGAGGGGAGAGCAUUGGCCCGGGCAGGUGUUCUGUGACACAAGGUGGGAAACCACUUCCAGGUGCUGCCGUCUCUGCCCCCACCUGAGGUGGGAAGGACGAGUUUUGUCCCCCAGCUUUUAAUCCAACUUGUGUCCACCGGAUGUUGCUCUCCCGGGGAGCGGACAGCAGCCUGUGGGACGCGGGGGAAGCCACAGCCGUGUUUUACAGCAGUGACACAUUUGCCAGCACAUAACUGGGCAGCCAGCGAGCAUAUUUGGUGGAAAUUUCGCAAGGUUUUCCAUUUCAGCCCCGUGUCGCACCAUGGUGGCUGAUGAGUGUGUCCAUCUGCUUAGAGAAAGGACAGAAAUCGUUUUCAAGCCUUGUCUCCGCAGUCGGGUGUGUGUGCGACGCUGCAUGUGUGUGUCCGUGUCUCUGUGCACGUAGCAGUGCUCAUUCCACACUGAUCUCAUGUCAUCCCCUCCCCCGCCAUAGCUGUCACCGUGUCAUGUCACGCCAACGUGGAGAAGACUCGAGCUCUCCCACGUGGCACGUGUGUCCUUUCUGUUUGUCACCUCGUUCUCCAGCCAACUCCAUCUGACCAGCUGAUUCAGAAUCAGGCGAGAUCCCGCCCCUUGGCACGUCUAGCGACAGGCCAAACAGCAAGUGCAAGUGAGUUUUAAACUUCAGUGAAUCACCCUUUAUUUUCUACACUCGAGAGUGGUUGUGAUAAAGGCUGUCAUUAAUAAAUUCGGUUCUGCCUUC